AUGUUAACAUAUCUUGGACCACAAAAUUCAGCAAACAGCAGUGAUUGCAGCUGCAAUAUCAUCAACAGCAGUAGCAAUGCCUUCAGCAGUAGCAGCGAUAGCAGCAGUGACACCACCAAUAGCAGUAGAAGUGCUACCAACAACAGCAGCGAUUGCAGUGCUGUCACUAACCGCAGUAGCAGUGCCUUCAGCAGCAGCGACAGGGCUAUCACCAACGGCAGCAGUGAUUGCAGCAGCGCCACUAGCAAUAGCAGCAGCAGCAGUGCCAACACCAACAACAGCAGUAAUAGCAGCAGCGCAACAACCAACACUAGCAGCAAUAGCAGCAGCGACACCAGCAAUAGCAGCGCUGCCACCACUACCACCUUGACCUUAUACACUAAAAACAUCAUCUCUACCAACACCAACUCCAUCACAUCUUACCACGACACCUACACAAUAACUUAA